AUGGGGGUCACUGGGGUCAUGGGGGUCAUUGGGGUCACCUGGUUCUUUUGCUUCACGUCACAUUUCUGCUGUUGGAGGUUGAUUCUGAAGUCGGUGUGCAGGCAGGAGGCCGUGGCUGACCUGGUGUUCCUGGUGGACGGUUCUGGGAGCAUCGGGAGGCAGAACUUCCAGCAGAUUGGUCAGUUCCUGUCGUCUCUGGUGAGCAGCUUCGACGUGCGGCCGGGGCAGGUGCGCGUGGGGCUGGUCCAGUACAGCUACGCGCCGCGGACCGAGUUCUACCUGAACACCUACCCGAGCCGGGAGCUGGUGCUGGACGCCAUCCGCCGCGUGCAGUACAUGGGCGGGGGCACGUACACCGGGAAGGGGCUGGACUUCCUGCUGAGCGACGCCUUCACGCCGGCGGCCGGCAGCAGAGCCAGUCAGAAUGUGCCUCAGAUCGCCGUGGUGAUCACGGACGGGCAGUCUCGGGACAACGUGACGCAGGAGGCGCGGCGUCUGAAGGAGCGCGGCGUCACGCUGUACGCCAUCGGCAUCAAAGACCCCGACGAAGAACAGCUCAGAGAAAUUGCCCACGAUCUGGUUUACAGCGUCUCCGACUUCACGGCGCUCCACGACAUCUCCACCAACAUCAUCCAGACCCUGUGCUCCACCGUCGAGGAGGCCCAGGGAAAGAUCAUGCAGCUCUCCAAAGAAUGUGCCAAUGCUUCUGUGGCCGACAUCGUUUUCCUCAUCGAUGGAUCUUCGAGUAUCGGACCGAGCAACUUCGAGGAGAUGAGGACGUUCCUCAAGAGCGUCGUCUCAGGACUGGACAUCGCAGAGGACAAGGUCCGUGUGGGUCUGGCUCAGUACAGUAAUGAGCCGUACCAGGAGUUCCUCCUCAAAGAUCAUCUGGAGAAGAGCAGCGUCCUGGAGCAGCUGGACUCUGUUCCGUACAGAACCGGAGGAACCGAGACCGGAAAGGCCCUGGACUUCAUCCGGACGCAGUUCUUCACCGCGGACGCCGGCAGCAGACGCGACCAGAGGGUCCCUCAGAUCGCCGUGGUCAUCACGGACGGAGACUCGGCCGACGAGGUGCAGGGUCCGGCUCAAGAGCUCAAACGGCUCGGCGUCCUGGUCUUCACCAUCGGGGUGGGACAAGCCAACGAGGCCGAGCUAAAGAACAUCGCCUCCAGACCCUUCGAGAGGUUCAUGCUCACCAUCGACUCCUACCAGGCUCUUCAGAGACUCAGAGAUGGACUCCUCCAGACUGUCUGCGUCUCCGUGGAGGACAUCAGAACAGCUCUGGCGGAGAAGUUUGCAGACAUCUUCUUCCUGGUGGACAGUGGUCUUUCGCAGACUGAGUUCCAGCAGGUGCGGACGUUCUUGAGUCGCGUGGUGAACCAGCUGAACGUCGGGGCAGAUGCCUACAGGAUCGGCCUGGCUCAGUACGGCGCCUCCGUCAAAGUCGAGUUCCUCCUGAACGCUCACCAGACCAAAGAGCAGACGCAGGCCGACGUGCGGCGCUUCCGACUGAACAAACUCAAACUCAACGAGCCGCGCAACCUCGGCUCCACCCUCCAGUACGCCGCCACCAACUUCUUCUCGGCAGAGGCGGGCGGCCGGACGGAUCUGGGCUACAGGCAGUACCUGGUGGUUCUGAGCGGGAAGGCGUCCGACGACCCGGUGUACCGAGGCUCUCGCCUCAUCAAGUCGACGGGCGUGACGGUGGUGGGCCUCAGCCUGGGGGCGCCGGAGAGCGAGAUGAAGGUGGUGUCCACGGCACCGCACGUUUACUCGCUCGUGCCGAACAUCGCGCCAACGCUCAAGGCCGUGUUCGAAACGCAGGAAGUGGACGCGACUGUCACCGGAGACUGCAGCUCGGCUCGUUUGGCCGACAUCGUCUUCAUCGUGGACGAGUCCACCAGCAUCGGGACGGCAAACUUCCAGCUGGUGAGGACGUUCCUGCACUCGGUGGUGAGCGGGCUGGAGGUGAGCCCCAACCGCGUGCAAGUGGGCGUGGUCACAUACAACGACCGCCCGGCAGCGCAGGUUUUCCUCGACAGCUUCAACAACAAAAUGGACCUCCUGAACUUCAUCAAGAUCCUGCCGUACCGCGCCGGACAAACCAACACUGGAAAAGCCCUGAACUACACCAGACAGAAAGUGUUCACCCCCGCCAGGGGCAGUCGCAGCGGCAGGGGCGUCGAGCAGGUGGCAGUGGUCAUCACCGACGGAGAGUCUCAGGACGACGUGGAGGCCGCGGGAGCAGAGCUGCGCAGAGCCGGGGUCACGGUCUACGCUCUCGGGGUGAAGAACGCCAAGAGAGACCAGCUGGACAAGAUAGCGUCCUACCCCACCAACAGACACGUGUUCAUGGUGGACAGCUUCUCCAACCUCAAGACCGUGGAGCAGGUUCUGCAGCAGACCAUGUGCCACAACAUCUUCAGACAGGCCAUCACAGUGUCCUCCAGGAGAACGGGCAUCAAAGAAGGCUGCGUGCAGACGGACGAGGCAGACAUCUUCUUCCUGAUCGAUCACUCCGGGAGCAUUUACCCCUCAGACUUUCAGGACAUGAAGAAGUUCAUCAUGGAGUUCCUGCACACCUUCAGGAUCGGGCCAGACCAUGUGAGGUUGGGCGUGGCCAAAUACGCCGACGACCCCGAGCUGGAGUUCGACCUCUCAGAAUAUUCCGACGCGGCGUCUCUGGAGCGUGCCGUGGAGGACGUCAAGCAACGAGGAGGCGGCACCGAGACCGGCAAAGCUCUGAGCUUCAUGGGUCCUCUGUUCAAGAAGGCAGAAGCCUCCAGGGGGCAGAAGGUUUCAGAGUAUCUGGUGGUGAUCACAGACGGGGAGUCGUCUGAUAAGGUGAAGGCUCCGGCCGAGGAGCUGCGAGCUCAGGGCGUGACCAUCUACUCCAUCGGGGUGAAGAACGCCGACAUGAACGAGCUGCUGGAGAUCUCAGGAGACCCCAACAAGAUGUUCUUCGUCCACAACUUCGACGCCCUCAAACCCAUAAAAGACGACAUCAUCACUGAUAUCUGCUCCACGGAGGUGUGUAAGGACGUGUCUGGAGACCUGAUCUUCCUGGUGGACAGCUCCGGGAGCAUUUAUCCUGAGGACUACGAGAAGAUGAAGACCUUCAUGAAAAGUGUGAUCGGGAAGUCCUCCGUGGGUCCGGACUCGGUCCACUUCGGGGUCCUUCAGUUCAGCACGGUGCAGAAGCUGGAGUUUCCUCUGAACCAGAUGUUCUCGGUGGACGAGCUGGUGAAGGCGGUGGACGCCAUGACGCAGCUCGGGGGCGGGACUCACACGGGCGCCGCCAUCUCCUUCGCCGAGCAGUACUUCAGCGCCACCGGAGGAGGGCGCCCCUCACUCACGCAGAGACUCGUGGUGAUAACGGACGGAGAAGCUCAGGACGAGGUCAAAGGGCCCGCACAGGGUCUGACGGGGAAAGAGGGAUCUAAAGGAGCCCCAGGACGCCCCGGAGGAGCUGGAAUCCCUGGACUGAGAGGAGAAGCAGGACCCAAAGGCCAGAAGGGCCUCAGAGGAGACCCAGGAGAACCAGGAGCUGAUAACUCGACUCCAGGACCCAAAGGAGACGCUGGAAACCCGGGUUUACCGGGAGCCGCUGGAGCAGACGGAGUCACCGGCGAGAGCGGAACUGGAGGAAACAAGGGCACUGAGGGAAGACGAGGACCUCCUGGAGAAAAGGGAGCUCCCGGAGUUGGAGGAGAACCUGGACCCAGAGGGACACCUGGACCUUCAGGACCACAGGGCCCCAGAGGAGUGAACGGUCAGCCGGGACCUCGAGGACCUCAGGGUCUGCCCGGAGCUCAGGGAGGACCAGGAGCACCUGGAGGUCCAGGUCUGAACGGAAGACGAGGACCCAACGGACAAAAGGGGCAGCCCGGAGAGCCUGGAGAAAAGGGAGACCCCGGAUCCCAGGGCCCCCGAGGACCCCCGGGUCUGGAUGGCAGAGACGGGUCUGGACCCCCGGGACCCAGCGGUGCAAAGGGAGACACAGGAUUCCCCGGAUACCCAGGGCUAAUGGGUGAGGAUGGUCUCCAGGGACCCAAAGGAUUCCCCGGACGCAAAGGCAACCGCGGCAGAGGAGGAAACUCGGGGGCUCCAGGUGGAGAGGGAAGUCCAGGAGAGCCUGGAUUCCCUGGACACGAGGGACCUCGAGGACCUCCAGGAGAAAGGAGGAAUGAGUGUGAGAUGAUUCGCUACAUUCGGGAAAACUGUGCCUGUUCCACCGGUACGAGCCCAGACCCGGACCAAGUCUAG